AUGCUUUGUGACAGUGAUGUCGAGAAAUAUAGGACCAUAUACAGCCAGAGCAACCCGUUUCCCAAAUACGGGCCAUUCUAUGAAGCUUUCAACACGCCCCACACAGUCUUCACCGAGACCGAUGCAAAAAGACAUAAGGAGCGUCGCCGGCUUUUGAAUCCACUCUUCUCGAGAGCUGGUGUGUUCAAACUUGAACCCAUUAUCCAUGAAAAGCUCUGUACCAUGGCGAAUAAAAUAAUACGAUUACAAGAAUCUCACCUUAUCAACGUGUACGACGCUUUCAGGUGCCUCACUACCGAGGUGAUAAUGGAGUUUGCCUUCGCCAGAUCAGCGAAUAUGCUAGAAGAGAGUGAAACUACAUUCAAGUCCUGGUUUCUCACUGCCUUCGACGCCGUUGCUGGAAGCCUUUGGAAGCUGCAGGAGUGGCCGAUCAUCAGGAGAUCGAUGGGCUUCUUGCCAGCCAGACUGAUUACAUUGCUCGACCCCAAGGUUGCAAAUAUUGUAAAAAUGCUCAAGUUUUCCGAGGAGUGUCUUCAACAUUAUCAGAUUCACGGCAACCAGACGGCCCAUCCAGUCGUCUUUGACAAUCUUUCUUCUUUGUCAUAUGAGAUGAAAGUCACAGAGGCGAUGGACAUAUUGGUCGCGGGCGCAGAUACGACCGCCUCCACGCUGACAGCAGGGUUGCUGUAUAUUCUUUCGAAUGACAAGAUUCAUUCCACAUUACGCAAAGCCCUAAAUGAGACAUCCAUAGGGCUUGACGCUGUUGCCACGGGCCAGCUGUUAGAGUUGGAAAAGAUAGAUUACUUGGCAAGUUACCCCACUGCCUGCGUGAAAGAAUCCUUGAGGCUUGGCAUGGCAGUCCCUGGGCGCCUUCCACGCGUUGUGCCACACAAUCUUCCGCAUCCGUUAGUAGUUGACGACAAGAUUGUCCCACCAGGGACCAUUGUUUCCAUGUCAGCUUAUACAAUGCAUAUGAGCGAAGAAGUUUGGGGGUCUGAUGUACGAGCGUUUAACCCUAACCGCUGGCUGAAGCCUGAAUCGAAAGGCCUCGAACAAUACCUCUGCACAUUCUCCAAGGGGGCUCGAAUGUGUAUUGGACAGAAUGUCGCAUACGCUGAAAUAACAAUUGUGAUGGCAUACCUGUUCCGCAAUUUCAAGCUCAGUCUUCCGCCUGACUUUGUCCCUCCAGAGAGGAAAGAUUUAUUUACGAUGGAGUACUCAAACCCUGGGUUACCCAUUAUUUUCUCAAGAAUCUAG